UUUUUCAACAUCAUUAAUAUUCAUUUCAGAACAAAAAGCCAAUUAUUGCUCUCCAAUUCUCUAUAUUUAUUUCUCUUUCUUUCUUUCAUUAAUUCUAGAUUUUUGGUUUUUCUCAUGGCAAAGCCAGGAAACAAGAUCAUACAAGCCAAACUGGUUCUUCUUGGGGACAUGGGAACUGGAAAAACCAGUUUGGUAUUAAGAUUUGUGAAAGGCCAGUUCUUUAAUCAUCAAGAACCAACUAUAGGGGCAGCUUUUUUUACCCAAAUAUUGUCGUUGACUGAAGCCACAGUGAAAUUUGAUAUAUGGGACACAGCAGGACAAGAACGUUAUCAUAGCUUAGCUCCAAUGUACUAUCGUGGGGCAGCUGCUGCAGUUGUUGUCUAUGACAUUUCAACUAAGGAUACGUUUGUUAGAGCCAAGAAAUGGGUUGAAGAAUUGCAAAGACAAGGGAACUUGAGUAUGGUGAUGGCAUUGGUGGCAAACAAAUCUGAUUUGGAGUCUAAUAGAGAGGUUGAUGCAGAGGAGGGUGAAGAAUUUGCUCAAGAAAAUGGGAUGUUUUAUAUGGAAACAUCAGCAAGAACUGCUGAUAACAUAAAUGAACUGUUCUAUGAAAUAGAUAGCUUCGGAAAUGUGCAUAACCAUUUGCAACGACAUUGAGAUCGUCAAGGCUGAAGUUGUAGCGCUUUUCCAUUGCUAAGUAAAGCACCUGAUAAACAAAAUGAUUCCCAUUAAUGAUACUAUUCUUACUAAUAUAUUUGCAGGUCUUACUAUGGACCAUUUUAAUGUUAUUGUAUUGUACCUUUUCUGAUCCUAUAGACAUUAAUCUUUCUACUGUACUGAAAAAUGCAUCGGUCAGUUCAUCGCUGUAUAUGACAUCCGCAGCUAGAAGUAUAGAAGCUCCCUGUGCUUCUUCAACUUCUGAGGAGGUCCAUAAAUGCCUAAACAAUCCAUCAAAUGAAACAGCACAUGUUUCCCACAUUAACAAUAAUAAGAAAUAGUACUAAGAAUGAAAAACAAUGUGUGAACCUUAGUUCUAAUUUCUAAAGCAGGGAAAGGGGAAAACAAAAAAGAUGUGCUACCGAUUAGAAGUAGGCGAGUCUUGGAGGCCUAUUUGAGGAGGCCAGGAGUUCAUCCAAUCAAGUUCACGAACAUGAAUGAUAGCUCGACAAUUAAUUGAUUCAGUAUUAAGGUCGACAUUCUUAGCACAGUUGUUGAGGAUCUUUUCACCAUGGUCUGUCACCAAUCCAAGAAAAUAACAUUUUGCUUACAAAAUAUUGUUUUACUACAUUGGUUUCCUUCAUUGAAAACACAAUCAUCUGAUGAAAUCACAAAUGGAUCAUUGUACUCAA